CGCUGAUCUCGGCUCGCUCACCUCGUCGGAUCAGUGCCUGGCCUCAAGCCCUUGUGAACAGGAGUGGGAGUGGGAGCAGCGCCGGACACGCAGCCAUGAGUGGAGUGUAAGGCAAAGCUUCCAGUUCGGCAUCUAAACAUGGGCGACGGAAGCCAGCAGCCAGCGCUCGAGGUGGCUGUGUCCUCGGCGCCCUUCCAGUACACAGACACCCCCAGCGCCGAAGCCAUGACGAAUUCAGAUGAGGAAGAGUUCGCUAGACUGACGCCAGAGGGCCAGAAGUGUCUUAUGGAGUUCUGGAACAGCCUGCCGCUCGAAGGCGUCUAUUGCAAUACAACCUGGGACACGCUCUACUGUUGGCCGCCGACGAAGGCUGGCCAGAUGGUAAAGGAAUCGUGUGCCACCGUGUUCAGCGACGUGCCCGACCUCGUCAAUUAUCCCGAGGCCUACGCCUACCGCGAGUGCGACCAGGCUGGCGUGUGGCUGUGGGGCGGCUGGACCAACUACUCCCAGUGCCUCAGCGUCAUCGACCACAAGGACGAUAAUUCCGCAGCAGAGGCAGUCAGCUACAUCACUUUCAUCGGCGCUCUCCUCUCCCUCUUCACCCUCAUCAUCACGAUCUUCAUCUUCACUUAUUUCAGACCGACGGUGACUCUAGCAACAAUUGCCGGUCCACAAAAGAUUUCUUUGGGAGAGUGA